GUCUGGGCUUUAAGUCUCAUUGCAUCUCCAUGUCCAAGAUGCUUGCUUACUUCUUCCUUUAGCGUAGACAGCUGAGGAUAGUUCUGGGCCAUGGAUUAAUAUGUCUACCCCUAGCGUCGUCAUAUUAGUCCCUUUUUUUAAGUGACAAAAUAUUUGACAAGAACCAAAUUAAGAGGAAAAAGAUUUAUUUUGAUUGACAGUUCCCAGGAACACAGUCUAGCCCAGCUGGGAAAACAUGGCAGCAGGUGCAGGAUGCAUCUUCAGCCAGGGAGCCGAGAGUGACAGAUGCUAGCUCACUUUCUCCUCUGUGUUCCAUCUAUGAGUCCUACCCAUGGAAUGGUCCAUAGUUAGGGUGGCUCUUCCCACCCCAAUCAACCAGCGUAGAAAGUUCCUCCCAGGCUUGCCCAGAGGCUUGUCUUCUAAGUGGUUGUAGAUUCUGUGGAUAAUCAGUUACUAGCCAUCCAAAUCUGCAAUAGGCUCGCUGCUUACUAUGGCCUCACAACCUUGGGUGCCAGGAAAUGAACUGUAGUUUCUGCCACUGUGGAAGACUUUCAGAGUAUUUCUCACUUGGCUGGCAUUAUGUUAGUAGUGCUUUUCAUGCUCGCAGUCCAACCUUCUGCUGUUUGUAGAUAUUUAAGGUGCUGCUGAGUGGGUGAGUGACACUUGGUGCUCACUGGGAAGUAAAACUCAAACGCCCCUCAGAGAUCUGUGCGUCUGGUUAGGACCUCACAGUCUCUUUCAUAGCAGCCCAAGUGUCAACUUAUUAUCUAAUUAUGUUUUACACUAUCAAAUGAUUGAAACAUCAAUAAUAGGCUUUCAGAUUCAUUAUUAUGUAACCCUUGAACUUUUGUAAUGUGUCCUUUUCCCUUUCUUAAGGCUGAUUUCCCAAAUGAGAGUAAUUAGGUGGGUCAAAGUUGAACAUGACACAUAGAUAAGAUAAUUUCAAAGGACCUCACCCUGUUUUGAAAGAGCUAGUUUGGUCUUUCAACUAAAAGAUUUUUUUUUCCAUGCUGAAAGACAUGUGACUGAAAUAGGUGGCUUAGCUGAUGGCAGAGAUAAUUGAUCAUAAAAUACAAAUAUAGCAGCUUGAGAGAUGACUUAGCAGUCAUCAAGAGCAUGUACUGUUCUUUCUGAGAACCUAAGUCCACUUCCCAGUACCCAUUAUCAGGUAGCUCACAACCACUUGUAACUCCAGUUCCAGGGCAUCUGACUCUGUUUUCUGACCUCGGGCACUACACUCAAGUGCACAAACCCAUACUCAUGUUUAUGUAUAUAUAAUUAAAAAUAAGAUCUUAAAAACAUACGAGUAUAAAACUUCAAUUUAACUCAACUUCUAUAACCUUUUUAUAAACAAUGGCAAAAGAACUGGGAAUCAGGACUAGAGAGAUGGAUCAGUGAAGAGCACUGGCUGCUCUUGCAGAGGACCCUCGUUUGAUUCCCAGCACACACAUGGUGUCUCACAACCAUCUAUCACUCCCACGAUGGCGUGGAAUCCACAAUCCUCCUGCUUCAGCCUUCUGAAUACCUGGGAUUGCAGACAUACACUACCACACUUGACUAACAUGCUGUUUUGUUGAUCUAAGAUUUACUGUUAUUUUCCCUUUUCUGUUUGGAGACAGAAUGCCCCAGGACAGAUUCAAGUCAUUCUCCCAGCCUUUUGAGUGCUGGGACAUGCACUAUACCAACUUGAGAUUCUGCUUCAAUGACUACUUCAAUCAGUUUUCAUUUCUGGUACCCAGAAAGUAGUAGAUGAGGAUAGUCAGAAGCAGGCUACAGGUAAACAACGUUAUCUAGACUUCAGAACUUUGCUCCAGGAAGCACCAUAGGAAAAGCAAGCCUCAUGAUGGAAAAAUGGCAUCAAAACACAUGAGAGGUAAAGUAGACACUUAAAUUGUUUAUCAGACAGAGGUGAUAAUGGCAAAAGGCUGCAGAUUUUUACUCCACUGAUAGCAGGUGAUAGCGUCAUGUUUGAGUGUAUUUGCUGAGUCAAGUGUAGGUGGGAAAAGAAGGCUACCUGGGGAGGGACUACUCCCAUUCCUGCCCACAGCAGCAUGUCAACCUGAGUUACUGAACUUGGAUCUGGGUAGAAGAAUGCAAAACAUAGACCUUGCUACUGUGUUGUGGGAAAUGAAGAAAGUGUAAAAGAAUUUAAAGGGAUAAGUAGAAGAAAGUAAGGUAGGUCCUCUGGGAGGAACAGUCAACUCCUAUUUGACAAGUCAGGGGUGGUUCCUGGAGGGAAAACUCUAAGGCUGAGACCUGAAAUAUCGCAAAGACCAGAAGGGAGAGAAGAAUGUUCCUAAAGAACAAAACUAUGAUGAGGAGCCUCUUUGCCUUUCCUCCGCCAUCGUGCGCCGUCUGCCCGCCUCAGCUUCUCGCCGUGUCUUCUCACAAGACUUUCAGAAUCAAGCGAUUCCUUGCCAAGAAACAAAAGCAAAAUUGUCCUAUUCCUCAGUGGAUUCGGAUGAAAACUGGCAACAAAAUCAGGUACAACUCCAAGAGAAGAUACUGGAGGAGAACGAAGCUGGUUCUGUAAGGAGUCAACAAUGGCAAGACAGCUCACGCUGAAUCGUGGUCCUCGAUGAGUGUUGUAAGAUGGAGUUCAACAUUUUCAACCUGGAGAC